AUGAAGUCGUACAAUUUAUGGUGCACCCGGAAAGACGAUAUCAAACCGUCAUUGGGUUCGCUCCCGUUAAUUAAAAAGGUCUACGAGAUAACGAGCGGUAAAUUAAAAUUACUCGCUACUCCCUGGAGUGCACCCUCUUGGAUGAAAACAAAUAAAAAUCUGACGGGGUACGGUAUGUUACGAAUGGAGUACUACCAAGUUUGGGCAGAUUAUUUCGUAAGAUUUUUGAAAGAGUAUCGAAUGCACGGUGUCGAUUUUUGGGGUAUUUCUACGCAAAAUCGGCCGAGUAAGGGACUCGUCGAGACCGAACAUUCUCCAAGUAUGGGCUGGACGAGCAGAGGCAUGGCUCAAUUUAUCGGAAAAUAUCUUGGACCUACCGUGCGCUCUUCCCCUUAUAAACGAAUUAUGAUCAUCACCGUUGACGACAAUCGAUACUUAAUUCCCUGGUCUCUUUAUUCGAUGUUUAAGAUGUCUGGGAUGAACAAUGAAACGAAGAAAUUCAUCAAUGGUGUUGGGGUUCAUUGGUACAUGGACACUCUGGUACCAUCCGAGAAUCUAGAUUUAUGUCACGAACUUUAUCCUGAAUUAUUUCUCCUGAUAACGGAAGCUUCGACAGGUGCAAAUCCAGGAGUGUUAGAAGUUAACGAUAACACAAAUCAUAAAGUUCAACUUGGAUCCUGGGAGCGCGCUGAACAGUAUGCCGAAAACAUCAUCGAGAACUUAAAUCAUUGGGUCUCGGGAUGGUUGGACUGGAAUUUAGCAUUGGAUCGUACAGGAGGACCUUGUUGGCAUUCGUCUUUAUCAGCCGAUGCAAACAUAAUAGUUAAUUUGUAAGUCUAUAUACUACCACUGACAUUUCUAGAUACCUAUUUUAUUUUUCCUUUUAGGGAAGGUGACGAAUUUUACAAGCAACCACAGUUUUACAUACUUGGACACUUCAGCAAAUUCUUACCAGAAGGAAGUAUUAGGCUUUAUGUUGAAAGCGAAACUCAAAGUGUAUUACAUGUAGCUUUUCUUGCUCCAGAUAAUUCCACGAUCGUCAUAUUAUUUAACCCGCACGACGAGGCAAUUCCUGUAGAAGUUAAAAGUCCAGCUACGGAAAAGAUAAUUCUUUUCGAGAUACAAGAGAGAUCAAUUCAUACGCUCAAAUAUUGGUCACUCUGAAUGUCGAUACCACUGUGACAAAAUUAUAUCAAUAAAUUUUUAUUCGUUCUUAGCUUCCUUCCUCUAUUGUUGAUACCAAAGGAGUUAUGACAUUUGUAGGUAAUGUUUGGAUCUAACGUGAGCCAGGUGCGUGUUCAUACUAAACGAAGAAAAAUUUUGGUGAAGAGACGU